AUGCCAGAAGAAUACAAAGACCAGAUUUGUGGACUCUGUGGAAACUUCGAUGGCAAAGCCAAUGAUUUCACAGACGAUGGGUCUGCAAUUUCUGUGUUUGACUUUGCUGAGAUUCACAAGGCGAACAGUCCAAGAGAGAGCUGUGAGGAGCCUGAACCCACCCCAGACCAGACGUGUGCAGGAAAAGCAUACUGUAAGAGUAUCUUCACCAGUGCUCCUUUCAGCAGCUGCCAAGACCUUUUGGAUACGGAAGCCUUCAUCAAAGUCUGUAUGGCUGAUAAGUGCUACAGUGGCGAAGACACAGACUCCAUGCUCUGCAAAACAGUCGGAGAGUUCUCCAGACAUGUGUGUACACGUAGUCGGUGGCAGUGCUCAGAGGAUAACUGUUCAGGAACCUGCUCUGUGACGGGAGGAUCUCAUGUUGACACUUUUGAUGGAAAGAAAUAUGUCUUCCAUGGAGACUGCACAUAUGUUCUAGCAAAGCAAAGCACAGGCUCUUUAUUCUCUGUGCUGGUGGACCUUGAAAUGUGCGGUGUAUCUCAAAGUAAGACCUGCCUCAGAGCUGUAACUGUGGCCUUUGGCAGCAAUAUGGUGAUGAAAAUCCAUGCAUCUGGACAGAUUCAUGUGAACCAGAUUCGUUCUCAGCUUCCACUGUUUAAUUCGGAGCUCAUAGCAUUCAAGCCGUCAUCCUCCUACAUCUUUGUGAAGAGCACGACAGGCCUCAAGAUUUCAGUCCAGCUGAUCCCCUCGAUGCAGGUCUUCCUCAUAGCAGACGCUUCACUCAAAGGAACCAUUUCUGGUUUGUGUGGUAACUUCAACAACAAAAUGAAUGAUGACUUUAUGGUUGCUACUGGUCUGGUGGAGAGCACUGCUGCAGGAUUUGUCAACACAUGGAAAACCAAAGCAAGCUGCCCUGACAUAACUACACAUUUUGGACACCCCUGCAACCAGGGCAUCAACCGAGAAAAAUUUGCUCGGUACUGGUGCUCCAAACUGGUGGAUCCCAAGGGGGCAUUUGCAGCAUGCCACCAGUACAUUGACCCCGAGACAUACAAAGAAAACUGCAUGUAUGACUGCUGUAACAGUGAUAACAGUGACGACAGCUUGUGUGCUGCUGUCUCAGCAUAUGUCUUUGCCUGCUCAGAGCGAGGAAUACAGAUUUCUGGCUGGCGCAACAGUGUCUGUGGUGAGCAAAACAACAAAGACCUUCUUUUAUGUCCAGAGAAGACAGUCUAUUCAUACAACAUGACCAGCUGCCAACGUACCUGCCAAUCCCUCAGCCAGCCUGAUUACACCUGCCAGGCCAACUUUGUGACAGUAGAUGGCUGCGGCUGUGCCCAGGGAACCUACAUGAACGACAAGGGACAAUGUGUGACCAGUAAAGACUGUCCUUGCCAUGACAUAGAUGACAUUAUUCUUGCCGGACAGUCUGUGACAAAGAAUGGCCACAAUUGUAUCUGCAAACAUGGUGCUCUCAAAUGCCCAGGAGGGUCUCAACAAGGCCCACCACAAUGCAACGCCCCGAUGGUUUACUUUGACUGCUCCUCUGCUCAACCUGGAGAUGCUGGAACCGAGUGUGAAAAGAGCUGCAGCACUUUGGACAUGGCUUGUGUCCCUUCGGGCUGUACAUCAGGUUGCAUGUGCCCUAAAGGUCUGGUGUCAGAUGGAGAAGGAGGAUGUGUGCAAGAAAACAAAUGUCCAUGUGUGCACAAUGGAAAGGUCUUCCAUGCUGGGGAAACACUGACUGUGGACUGCAACACCUGUACCUGCUCUAAUAGGAAGUUCAGAUGUACCGAAAACAUGUGUGACGCUGUUUGUGGGAUCUAUGGCGACGGCCACUAUGUCACAUUUGACGAUAAGAGGUUUGACUUCAAUGGACAGUGUGAAUACACACUCCUACAGGACUCUUGCGGUGACAGUCAGGGCAAAGGAAGCUUCAGUAUUGUCACUGAAAAUGUAGCAUGUGGAAGCACAGGAACCACCUGCUCCAGGGUCAUCAAAAUCUUUCUGGGGGACAAUGAAUUCCAUCUGAGAGACGGAAACUUCCAUGUGGUUAAGGGCAGCAGCAAGGUGUUUCCUCAUCAGGUGCACAAGAUGGGUAUUUACCUGGUGGUGACGAUCAGGAAAGGGCUUGUACUCAUGUGGGACCAGAAGACCAGUCUUUUCAUUAAACUUGACCCAAAGUUUCAGGGUAAAGUCUGUGGUCUGUGCGGAAACUAUGACGGCAACAGUAAGAACGACUUCACCACCCCCUCUGAGGAGACAGUGGCUGACGUUCUUGAGUUUGGUAACAGUUGGAAGGUUUCAUCCAGCUGCCCAAAUGCUCAGCUGAUCCCCGAUCCCUGUGCCACUAAUGGCUACCGGUCAGCCUGGUCCAAGAGACAAUGUAGCAUCAUCAUCAGUGUCACCUUCAAUGAAUGCCAUUCACAGGUUGACCCUGGUCCUUACUUUGAUUCUUGCGUAAGAGACACUUGUGCUUGUGACACUGGUGGGGACUGCGAGUGUUUCUGCACUGCUGUGGCAGCCUAUGCCAAAGCUUGUAAUGAAGCCGGGGCCUGCGUGAGAUGGAGAACUCCAAAACUGUGCCCUAUAUUUUGUGACUACUACAAUGCCCCUGAUGGCUGUGAGUGGCAUUACAAACCUUGUGGUGCUCCCUGCAUGAAGACUUGUAGGAAUCCAUCGGGAAAAUGUUCCAAACUCAUCACCGCCAUAGAGGGCUGCUAUCCACAGUGUCCCCCUACCCAUCCCUUCUUUGAUGAAGACUCCAUGAAGUGCGUUUCAUGGGAGCAAUGUGGCUGCUUUGAUGACAACGGCAAUCAUUACGGGAUUGGAGAUGAGGUUGAAUCGAGAAACUGUUACACAUGGAAGGACAGGUCUUGGAAAUUGACAACUGCAACAUUGUUGUCUGUAAAGAAGGUCAAAUAAAUGAGUCCAAAAAAGUCUGUGCCCAACCAGAAGUACCUGUUUGUGCCAAUGGACACCAAGCUAUUAAGGUGUAUGAUGACGAUGGAUGCUGUUU